UCGCUUUGCCUUGCCUGUUCAGCAUGUCGACCCCUGCCACCAAGCCCGCCACCGAGCCCACUCUCCCGACCGCCACCCUUGACAAGUACAAGGCGGCCGCCGGCGUCGUCGAGAACGUCGUCAAGCAGCUCCUCGCCAAGGCCGUCGAGGGCGCCAACAUCCUCGAGCUGUGCCAGGAGGGCGACAAGCUCGUCGAGGAGGGCGUCAAGCCCCUGUACAACAAGACCAAGGGCACUCCCAAGGGCAUCGCGUACCCGACCACCCUGUCCGUCAACAACGUCCUCCAGAACUUCUCGCCCGCCCUCUCCGACAAGGAGGCGGCCGCCCAGACGCUCAAGAAGGACGACGUCCUCAAGGUCGUCGUCGGUGCCCACAUCGACGGCUACCCGGUCGUCUCGGGCGAGACCGUCAUCGUCGGUGCCGACGGCCCCAUCUCGGGCGUCCGCGCCAACCUGCUCGCGGCCGCGUUCCAGGCGGGCGAGAUCGCGCUCCGCACGGUCAAGCCGGGCGUCCGCAACUGGGAGGUGACCGAGGCCGUCAAGGCGCUCGUCAAGGAGUACGAGGCGAGCGGCGUCAAGGGCGUCGAGGGCACCCUGUCGCACCAGUUCCUCCAGAACAACCUCGAGGCCAAGAAGGGCCUCGUCGCGUUCCCGACGGCGUCGCAGCGCGGCGACUCGGACAACACGUACAACCUCGAGGAGGGCGAGGUGUACGGCCUCAACAUCCUCGUCACGGACGGCGAGCGGAGCCCCAAGGCGGCCGACACGGCGCGCACGACCAUCUUCUCCAAGACGCAGUCGACCUACUCGCUCAAGAUGAAGACGUCGCGCGCCACCUUCUCCGAGAUCUCGACCAAGGCCGGCUCGUUCCCGUUCACGCUCCGCAUCAUGGAGGACGAGGUGCGCGCUCGCAUGGGCGUCAAGGAGUGCGUGCAGCACAACCUCGUCCGCGGCUACGACCUCCUCACGACUGAGAAGCCCGAGAACCUCUCGGCGCAGGUCUUUAUCACGUUCACGGUCACCAAGACGGGUGCGGCGCGCCUGUCUGCGACGCCGACGUUCUACUCGGCCGACAAGGUCAAGAGCGACGUCGAGUUGUCGGACAAGACCAAGGAGACGCUCGCACGGCCCCUCAAGGCCAAGCCGCAGAAGAAGAAGAAGGCUGCGGGCGACAAGGCCGAGUAGACGACGACGAGCUUGGCGGCGAGGAGGAGAGGGAGGGGAAAAGCGCACACGGCGAGGGCGGGCUUGAGAGAUGUGUGUGUAGGAACCAUUUGCGCAAACCCAUGCAUGAGCACCUGACCGA